UCCAGCAAAGAAGACGAGGUCACGCCCCUCACAACAACACUAGUUGCGGACGGGAAUCAAAGUUCAGUCUGCGCACCCAAAUCUUAACUCUUACUCCCGUGUGUGUCGUGUGUAGUCGACAUUAUGGCCCAGUAUUCACGUAUCUCGAAAUCUGUAGGUGUAAUCGCCUUGCAAAACCCACCGGUGAAUGCACUCAGUGCCGCAGUGAGGCGGGGCAUCGUCGACACGGUGGAGCAAGCACUCGGUGACCCAAAGGUCAAGUCUCUUGUCAUCUGUGGACAAAAUGGAAUGUUUUGUGGUGGUGCUGACAUCAAGGAGUUCGGCAAGCCGAUGCUCGGGCCUCAUCUGAUACCCAUGAUCCACGCCAUCGAGGCCUCCUCCAAGCCUGUGGUUGCAGCGAUAGAAGGAAUCGCUCUGGGUGGAGGGCUGGAGCUGGCGCUCGGCUGUCACUAUCGAAUCACUCACUCCAAAGCCAAACUGGGUCUCCCCGAGGUCACGCUGGGCCUGCUCCCAGCUGCUACAGGAUCCCAGAGAUUGCCAAGACUCAUCGGAGCCCCAGCCGCCUUGGAUCUCAUAACUACAGGGCGCCACAUCACAGCAGCCGAGGCGCUGAGACUGGGGAUCGUGGAUCAGGUCACAGAUGGGAACACUGUGGACGCCGCUGUGAGGUUCGCCCAGAGCGUCAUCGGUAAAUCUGUCAAUCACCGUCGAAUCUGCGAUAUGACGUGCCCGCCCCACCCUGACAUGGACGGCCUGUUUGAAGCGGUGAUGCAAAAGGUGCGCAGAAGUGCGCGUGGAGCGAUCGCCCCGGUGGCUUGUGUGCAGGCGGUGCGGGCAGCCACGAGGUUGCCUUACCACGACGGUCUGCAGAAAGAGAGGGAGCUGAUGGCGACCAUCAUGACGUCUGGCCAGGCCCAAGCCCUGCAGUACGCUUUCUUCGCGCAGAGAACUGUGGGCCGGUGGAGCAUUCCGAACGGGGCGCGAUGGGACACCACCAAACCCAAGGUUGUUCGUAAAGCAGCCGUCAUUGGUCUUGGCACAAUGGGAAGAGGCAUAGCCGUGUCCUUAGUUCAGAUGGGAAUGCCUGUGGUAGCCGUGGAGAUGGAUGAGAAGCAACUGGCGGCAGCAAGAAAAGCGAUAACGGGCAUGUUGGAGCGCGGCGCUAAGAGACGAGGGGUUGUCGCGCCACUUGACUCCAUCUCUUACAACAUCAAGCUGCAGGCCAUCUCAGACGUGGACCUGGUCAUCGAGGCUGUGUUUGAAGACAUGGACCUGAAGAAGAAGCUCUUCAGGCAGCUGUCUGAUGUCUGCAAACCAGGAACUUUGCUCUGCAGCAACACGUCGUCGCUUGACAUCGACCAACUGGCCGCGCAAACUCGCAGCCCAGAGUUGGUGGUCGGGAUGCACUUCUUCUCCCCGGCUCAUGUUAUGAAGCUGUUGGAGGUCGUCUACGGCUCCCGCUCCUCGCCUGAAACGGUGGCCACGGCGAUGCAUCUGGGAAAGCAGAUGGGCAAAGUCAGCGUGGCAGUUGGGAACUGCUGGGGAUUUGUGGGAAACCGAAUGUUGCGUCCAUAUAAGGACAAUGCUCUGUUCCUGGUGGAGGAGGGAGCCACGCCGGAGGUGGUGGACCGGGCACUGGAGGAGUUUGGCUUUGCUAUGGGAGUCUUCAGGAUGAGUGACCUUGCUGGGCUUGAUGUGGGCUGGAGAGUCAGGAUGGGUAAGGGUCUGGUAAAGCGUGGCACUGGUCCAGAGCAUGGAACCAGAGCUCGAAUGGGCCAGAGGUACUGUCCAGUGGAAGACCUGCUCUGUGAGGAAGGGAGGUUUGGCCAGAAAACCGGCCUGGGAUGGUAUCGCUACGAAGCCGGGAGUACGGACGCCAAACCUGACCCUUGGGUGCAACGUUUUCUCGAAGCUUACAGAUCUCGCCACGGUUUAGUCGCACGCCGCAUCGACCACCAGGAAGUUCAGGAGCGAUGCCUCUACACCAUGAUCAACGAGGCCUUCCGCAUCCUGGAUGAAGGGAUCGCUGCCGGCCCUGAAGACAUCGAUAUCAUCUACCUGUUCGGGUACGGCUGGCCCAGACACCGCGGAGGCCCAAUGUUCUACGCCAACAUGGUGGGAUUGGCGAAGGUGAUGGAGAGGCUGGAGCACUACCACCAGCUGCACCCUGAUAAUCCUCAUCUGGAGCCCUGUCGCCUGCUGAGGAAGCUGGUGGCCAGUGGAAGUCCCCCCAUCAACACGUGGAGGGACGUGAUCAGGAAAGUCCGCAGUCAACUGUAGCGCCGUGUCAAACAGGAUCAAGCAAAACUCUCAGCACUUUUGAUCGAGCGACGCCAAAAUCAAACCCAUUCCAUACACUAAUGAUGAUGUUGGGGAUUUUCUGGAUGGAAUAAAUCCAAUGAUCACAUGUGAAAGAUUACACGGAGACUCCGGCAGUGGCCCACAGUAAUCUGCAGCUGACAGGUGCAGACCGGAGGCUGAUUUGCUCUGAAGUGAUUUGAGCCGAAAUAAAUGAGGACAGCACAGAAGCCUGUCUGUUUCGGACGCAGCUAUUGUCUUCAGAAUAUCUUCCCAGCUUUAAUUACACUGCAGCUUUGCAGCAUGAUAAACCUCAUUACACAUGCGCGCUUUAAAUCUGUAUUUAACCUACAAGAAUGUAUCUGAGGAAUAAUUAUGUUCUGCAAAACCAUGGUGAAGUGGUCAAGCACAUUAACCAGAAAUAUUUACCAAAUAAAGCAGCAUUGAUCUUUUA